AUGCUCGACGUCAUCCAAUCCGUGGAAUACUAUCAGGACGACGAAUUUCUUACAAAAUCACCACUCUUAGAAGCCCGAAUUGUAAAGGCAACACCAUCUCCGACGCCACCACCUCUCGUAACAACAGUCGUCCGCCACCUACCCAGCCGACAGAGUAUCCGAACUCGGCCUACCCAAGGGGAUUGGGUACUCAUUCGUGAGAUGGACCCUAAUCAACCAGACAUUGCCCAAAAAGCAAGCGAGCAGGCCCUGAAUUCCGACUCUGACUCCGAUCCUGAACAUGGUUCAGAAGACGACGAGAUGCCAGAUGCCGACUCUCUCAACACGGCAACUGCCCCGUCCGUCUCCAACAAUGGUCAGUCGGUGCCGCCAACUCAGCAACCCACCUUACUAGAAGUGCUUGGCUCAGCACCCGAUCCAAAAGCGACAGCUACUCACAGAGACUCAGUGAUCGAAGACGAAGUCACUAGACCUUUUGGCCUCGCAGCAGACAGGCGCACGUCUCAAGCAUCAGCAACCCGCAUAGCACCGAAUAGCCUGCGGCCUACGACAAAUGGAAUAAAUAGAACGCCGUCUAUCUCAACCGCAUUGUCCAACGUGUCAUUGCAGCCACCAACCCAAUUGACACAAGGCUUGGCAAACGGUCUUUCCCAAGAACAUGAAUCAGCAACAUCCCCCGGUCUACGACAACUAACGAUUCCGCGACCGAGGGGGCUUUCGGCGGAUACCCUGCCAGCAUUACAGGCCCCAUCACCUGCGCGUGAUGCAACAGCAGGCUCACCUAGUCAACAGCUACCUUCAUUCCGGCACAUGGAUGAUAUAGCGAGAUCAGCAACGAGUGAUCAUGAAGCAACUAGAUCCAAUAGCAUCAGCUUCCCACAUCGACAAUCCGUAUCUUCAGUAGGACAGUCACCAACAUCGAUAGCGCGUCAAUUGUCCAUCAGCUCUCAUUCUCCGGCAACACCAUUUCCUCCACUAAGUGCCUCUUCGCCCAUGAGUGCCCAUGAAUUACCACAUCGAGGCGACUUGUUCCUACGCACCUCCGGAGGAGGAGCAUUUGGUACGGAUGCUCGGAGGCCUUCGCAUGCAGCAUCAGACAACAGUCCUUACACAGCCACACUGCACUCUGCAUCGACCAGUGACAGCUAUCAGAGCUCGGAAGGCCUCAGCCCUGGUGCACAGCCAACGCCCAUCGAACCACGGCAAAGACAUAUGAGUUUGGAUGGCGCGCUCGCAUCAAGAGUGCUGCCACCUCCACUGAACUCCGGCUUACAACAACAAACGACUCCUCAUAUUGUUGGAUGUUUCAAAUGCGACUAUCCAGGCUGCACUGCUGCUCCUUUCCAGACGCAGUAUCUCCUCAAUUCACACACCAACGUACAUUCGUCAAACCGGCCACACUACUGUCCAGUAAAGGACUGCCCGCGAGGCGAGGGCGGUAAAGGUUUCAAACGGAAGAACGAAAUGAUACGGCACGGGCUCGUGCAUCAGUCACCUGGCUAUGUAUGCCCAUUCUGCCCAGAUCGCGAACACAAGUAUCCGAGGCCAGACAAUCUGCAGAGACACGUACGCGUACAUCACACUGAUAAAGACAAAGACGACCCCCAGCUCCGAGACGUCCUUGCUCAGCGACCUGAAGGUGGCAGUCGGGGGCGAAGAAGACGUGUAAGCGACUCUGGUCAUUGA